AUGUUAGGUACUCUUGUGGUUUCUCAACCAUAAUACGAAGUCGAAAAACCAAAAUAUUUUAAAUUCCAAAAAUUAGCUUAAUAAAGUAUAUCUUUAAUAAGCAAAUUUAUUGUGAUAUAAAUAGUUUUAUUUUCGGUGCAUUAAUCACUGCUAUAAAAUAAAUUUGUAAUCACAUCAUUAUAAAAUAUUUAGAUAAAGCAUAAUAAACUAUAUCAACAUGCUUUAAUUCUUAUGAUUAAAGAAACUAUAAUGAAUAAGAUUAUGUUAAAUAAUUAAAAUAAAUCACAACUUUCAUAAAAAUUGAAAAUUAAUCCUUUUGUAAAUUCAAUUUAAAAACCCUUAAAUUGUAAAUUUUAAAUUAGACUUAUAAACAAAAAGGAACAUGUAAUAUAUUUAAAUGAAAAGACUUAAAUAAAAUUAUAAGCAUUUAUUAGAAAGAAGAUAAAUUCAAUUGAGAUAUUGAAAGGUGUACAAUGUGAAGAGAAAAAUGUUAUGGCUAAAUUGAUAAGUAUGAAUGUAAGAGAAAAUAAAAGAAAUUAGCUUUUAAAAAAGGUUUUAAUAAAACAAAUUAAGAGUGGUGUAAUAAAAAUAAGAAAAUUAAUGAAUACACAAAUUUGUUCCAAAAUUUCAAAAAGAUUUAUUUUUAUCUUAUAAAUGGCUGAUUUCAUAAGAGAUUUCAUGAUUGGUGGUGUGUCAGCCGCUGUUUCAAAGACUGCUGUUGCUCCAAUUGAAAGAGUCAAAUUGUUACUCUAAACCUAAGAUGCUAAUAAAAAAAUUUAAGAAGGUGGUGCCAAGAAAUACAAUGGUAUUGUAGACUGCUUCAUCAGAGUCCCAAAAGAAGAGGGCUUAUCUGCCUUAUGGAGAGGUAAUUUGGCCAAUGUCAUCAGAUAUUUCCCAACAUAAGCAUUGAACUUUGCUUUCAAAGAUGCCUACAAAAAGCUCCUUUGUCCAUUUGACCCAAAGAAAGAGAGAUUCCUCUUCUUCUUAGGAAAUAUGGCUUCAGGUGGUGCAGCUGGUGCUACUUCCUUAAUGGUUGUUUAUCCACUCGAUUUUGCAAGAACAAGAUUGGCUGCAGACAUUGGUAAAAAGUCUGAGAGAUAAUUCACUGGAUUAUCAGAUUGUUUGAGCAAAGUUUACAAGUCUGAUGGUUUCAUCGGAUUGUAUAGAGGUUUUGGAGUUUCAGUUUUGGGAAUUGUAGUAUAUAGAGGUGUCUAUUUUGGUACAUAUGACACAGCUAAGGGUACAAUAUUUAAAAAUCCAAUGAUGAAUAACAUUAUUGCAAAAUUCAUUGUUGCUUAAUUCAUCACCGGAACUGCAGGAGUCAUCUCAUAUCCCUUAGAUACAAUUAGAAGAAGAAUGAUGAUGUAAUCAGGAAGAGCUGAUAUUCUUUAUAAAAAUACACUCGAUUGUGCUGUCAAAAUUGCUAAGAAUGAAGGAACAAAAGCCUUCUUCAAAGGAGCCCUUUCUAAUUUCUUCAGAGGAAUUGGUGCUUCACUCGUUUUAGUCCUUUAUGAUGAAAUCUAACAAUUCGUUGCUCCAGGAUCUAAAUCUUCAGGAGGUGAAUGAUACAUUAUUUUUACGUUCAAUAUACAUAUCCAAAAAUCAUAUAUCAA